AUGGCAGUGUCGGCAGCAACAGGUGGGCAGAUGUGUCCCUCAAUUGCAUCGCUCGUGCAGUCACCUUUCGCCUUUCCGUUUGGCGCGGCAAAUCCGCAGUAUGCUUUUCAACAGCAAGCCGCUGCAUUUCCACAAGCUGAUGCACUGGCAUCACCGUCCGGAAUCUCGCCAUUCUUGACCGGUUUGACAACUACACUAGCUUCUGGUGCAACGAGUCCGGUAACAGCCAAUGCAGCAAUGAUCAGCGCAACAGCAGCCGCGCUUCGCUUUCCGCAUGUUGGUGUCCUCAACGUCUCCUCGGUUGUGCUUGUCUCCAACCUCGAUGAAAAUAAGGUCACGCCAGAUGCUCUCUUCACUCUUUUCGGUGUGUACGGCGAUGUGCACCGUGUAAAAAUCUUGUUCAAUAAGAAGGAUAAUGCACUGAUCCAGUAUGCUGAACCGCAGCAGGCACAACUCGCAAUUCAACAUCUGGAUAAGGUUCGCUGGCAUGACAAGCAGAUUCGCGUCGCUACUUCCAAGCACAACAAUGUUCAGAUGCCUAAAGAAGGACAACCAGACGCUGGUUUAACUCGUGAUUAUUCGCAGUCACCGUUGCAUCGCUUCAAGAAGCCGGGCAGUAAGAAUUAUCUGAAUAUAUAUCCUCCGAGCGCCACACUGCACCUCUCCAAUAUUCCUCCAAAUAUUACCGAAGAAUUCCUUACCAGUGCUUUCGAGCAACGUGGCUUCAUUCCCAAAGGCUUUAAAUUUUUCCCGUUCGUUCUACCAAAGGACCACAAAAUGGCUCUACUGCAACUGAAUGAUGUGGAAACGGCGAUCGACGCACUCAUUGAGAUGCAUAAUUUCAAAUUAGCCGAAAAUGCGCAUCUUCGGGUAUCAUUCUCCAAAAGUGGUAUAUGA